CAAAAACCUUCAACCAUCGUCGACGCGCUGGCGGUGCGGGGUCACGAACUAUGACCUUUAACAGAAGAAAACCAAAACAUAUAUUUUAUAAAAUAGCAGAGAGCCCUAAAUUCGUGACCACCGUUUCUCGGAGACCUCACUAAUGACCUUACAUCAUCAUGACGACCAACCUGAAUCUGCUCUCUCAGCAGAAAGUGGACUCUGAGCAUGAGGCAGAGAUGUCAUCCUCUCCGUCAGACUCAAUGAUGAGUGAGUCUCCACAGCGCUUUCAGGUCAUCUCCACUGAGGCUGCCACAACACCACAGCGAAUACAGAUUGUAACUGACCAGCAGACAGGUCAGAAGAUCCAGAUAGUGACAGCAAUGAAGCCUUCCAGUGCUCCCAAGCAGCAAUUCAUUCUGACUACGGCUGACAGCUCAGGGGCAGGCAAGGUUAUCCUGGCCUCGCCAGACAGCCACAACACUAAGCAGCUCAUCUUCACUGCUGCAGACAGCCUGAUGCCAGGAAGGAUACAGAUUGUCACAGAUCCUGUGUCAAUGGAGCGGUUGUUAGGGCAGUCAGGGGACCUGAGCCGGCCGCAGCCAGUGGAGUACUGUUUGGUGUGUGGGGACAAGGCUUCAGGGCGUCACUAUGGAGCGGUCAGUUGUGAGGGAUGUAAAGGCUUCUUCAAGCGGAGCGUGAGGAAGAACCUGACCUACAGCUGCCGCAGUAAACAGGACUGCGUCAUCAACAAACACCACCGCAAUCGCUGCCAGUUCUGUCGGUUGAGGAAAUGCCUUAAGAUGGGGAUGAAGACUGAGUCUGUCCAGAGUGAGAGGAAGCCCAUCGAUAUAGUUCCGAGAGAGAAGCACUCCAACUGUGCUGCCUCUACCCAAAAGAUCUACAUUCGCAAGGACCUAAAUAGCCCGCUCAUCGCCACACCAACCUUUAUCUCGGAUGCAGAGACAGAUGGCUCCAGAUCCAGCUUGCUGGACCAGGGGAUGCUGGUUAAUAUCCAGCAGCCGGUCAUCCAGAGUGAUGGAACUUUGCUGCUGGCCAGUGACUCAAAGAUGGAGUCUGGGCAGGGGGACUUGGGGACACUAGCCAAUGUGGUGACAUCACUGGCCAACCUUAGCGACUCACUAAAAGAGAAUCUAAACAAUGGUGAUACCUCAGACAGCCAACACGAGGAGCAAUCUGCCAGCGAGAUAACACGUGCCUUUGACACCCUGGCUAAAGUUUUCAACCCACCUGAAGUAGGGGUCAGACAGAGUCUGGCAGAUAAGUCACAGUGUAUCGGUGGAACAACCAUCCAGCUGAUUGGUCGAGACCAGGAGACCCCCAUCAUUGAGGUGGAAGGACCACUGCUCACAGACAGCCAUGUCGGCUUCAAGCUGACCAUGCCUAGCCCCAUGCCCGAGUAUCUGAAUGUACACUACAUCUGCGAGUCAGCAUCCAGACUACUCUUUCUCUCCAUGCACUGGGCACGCUCCAUCCCUGCCUUCUCUGCUCUUGGUCAGGAGGCAAACACCAGUUUGGUGCGAGCCUGCUGGAAUGAGCUGUUUACUCUGGGUCUUGCUCAGUGUGCUCAUGUGAUGAACCUGUCGACCAUCCUCACUGCCAUCAUCAACCACCUCCAGAGCAGCAUCCAGGAUGACAAGCUUUCAGGGGACAGGGUGAAGCAGGUGAUGGAGCAUAUUUGGAAGUUCCAGGAGUUCUGUAACAGCAUGACCAGGUUGGACAUUGACAACUACGAAUAUGCCUACCUGAAGGCUAUAGUGUUGUUCAGCCCAGAUCAUCCAAGUGUGGACAGCGGCGGGCAGAUUGAGAAGUUCCAGGAGAAAGCCUUGAUGGAACUGCAGGACUACGUGCAGAAAACCUACACUGAUGACACUUACAGGUUGACCCGUAUCCUGACUCGUCUCCCGGCCUUGCGCCUCAUGAACUCCAGCAUCACAGAGGAGCUCUUCUUCACUGGCUUGAUAGGUAACGUCUCUAUUGACAGCAUCAUUCCCUACAUCCUCAAGAUGGAGACGGCUGAGUACAGCAGCCAGGACAGUCCAGCACUUUAGCACCCAGAACGGUCGAAUUAAAGAUUAGCGAGUGUCCACUUCAGGAACUGUCUUUGUUUCGCGAGGGGUUUACUGUCGAAACCCUGUCCAAAAUCCUGCAGCGGCCCCUUGUUUUCUAACGAUGCAUGGUGCAAAGUCAUUCAGGACUCCUUGCUAGAGUAAGAUAAACUGGCACUUGAAUGCCAGGAUGACACUUGGAAUGUUUUCUGGAGCUGAUGCAGUGUGGUAAUCAGUCGCUCUCAGCUGAAUGAAAAAGGAAUCCUCUGCAGCUGCAACUGUGCUCAUCUCCUUUAAUGUCUUUACAGCACUUCAUGCGUGCUUUACCUUCUGGCCUAAGCCUUUUCAAAUAGUUUUAGUCUUAUCCAAGCCUUACCAUGCUCUCAUGUUGAUCACAUUCAUUGUUUAGCACUAGCUGGUGUUGCCAGUAUCAGAUGAGCUAUAUUAAGAAGCCCAGUCCUUAAUCUAACAAACAGGAAGUGGAAUUUCCACCUUUUUAAAAAGUCUAACCCAGUCUUUAAGACUAAAGUGAAUCUGAGUACUUAGUUUAAAAGUGUACUUUGAAGCUGUAAAAUAUUUGUUUAUUUGGUAUUUGGGAACAUUGGCUCAGUUUAAACUGGUAUUUUUAUUGGCUGUGCUUUCACAUUGAGAAUUCAGGCUUUUACAAAGACCAAGUAUGACUUUUCUGUUAUACAACAAGGAAUUGAAACAUGCUUUGUAAUAAUUUUCUCUCUUUUCAAUUUUAAAACUGACUGACUGAAUUUCCUUAAAGGUGCAAGACAUUAAUGUACAGUUCUUUACUUUAAAUAAAUGUAAAUAUUAGUUGGAAUGAUAACUCCAAUCAGGUACAAAAAAAUUAAUUCAUGCUUAAUCUGUAUUCACAUUGCCUCGCUAUCAUAGCAUUGAGCUACUACAUUCUUAGCUCAUUCCGACAUGACCAUCUUUUUUAUAUAUUGAAUGACAUGUCCGAGAUUUUAAGUUUGGGUGUGUUUUUACAUUUAGGUACACUUGGUUCUGGGUUAUCAUGAAUGUGUUGCUAAUAGAACCUGUGCAAUCACCUCAUCACUUUUUCCCUUUAUGACAAUCAAUUAUAUGUUACUUCCUUUUGUCCCAUCAGUGUCAUGGAAUGUCCCUCUCGAUCUGCAUUUUGUAUGUGUAUUUAUCAAUGGUAAUUAUUUCUUUUAAGGAAUCAAAUUCUCUUAAAGAUUUUGCGUUCAGAAAUGUUACGUAAAUGUUACGUGUAGCUAUGCUGCUGUUUUUGUACUUUUGUUUGCAUUUGUACUCUGCUAAGUGCACAUCAAUCAGCGUAUGUGGCGUUCCACUGUCUUCAUGCUGACUAAAACUUUGUGUUUUUUAUGUUUUCUAAAAACUUUUAAUUUGUUGUGAACAAAUUUGCUUGUUGCAUACUAAGUGUACUUAAAGUACUUUUGGGCAGGUUUCCCUGAUUUCAACAAAAACUAGAGAUUUUGUGGGUAGCCAGUCUCAUGUGCAUUGACGUCUUGAAGACGGUAUGUGCUGCGGCUUAUCCACCUGUAUAAAGGUUUAGAAUAAGCAUCCACAGCAGUGUGAAUGAUAACGGGGACGUAAAGAAGUCAACACGGAAUAUGUCUUGUGAAAUAAAUGUCAAUUGUAAUAUUUGGGUUUAAAACCUAUACAGACUGUUUGUAAAGGCACUGUCGUGAAAUGACCUUUGUACAUGUAAUUUCAUAAAAAUGAGUGCAUGUUGUUUUUAAGGCGGGUUUUACAAUCUUGUGGCUGUCCGCCCUAAUAAGGAGCAUUGAUAUAAUUUUUAUAGUGCAUUGCAGUGCAUGAACAAGUUGCUUAAAGUGCAUUUUAUGAAAUGCUGUAUGAAAAAUGUUUAAUUUAAAUGUUGUGGCUUUAAAAUAUUUACCAUGAGCAGCUCCCACAUUAGAAGAUAUUAGAUCAGAAUUUUGUUUUUCAGCUUUGUGGAUUGAGUAUCCUAUGUUUCAGAUUUUUAUACUGUGUAAAUGUACUUUGUUUUUCUGCUCAUAAAAAUGUAUUUCUUCAGACAUUAUCAAGAGAUUCAAAACAUUGAAACAUUCAUGUUUUGCUGGAGUCUGUCACAAUCCUACAUUUCUACCUCACACCGAUAAAGAUUUAAAACAAAUGUAUUAGCGACUGAGCUCCUGUCUCAGCAUUCCAGUCACUGAGACUGGCUUCUCUGAAGCCAGGUGUUAUAGCAGAAAUAAACAAUGACGAAAUAUGA